CAUCACUGUUCUAUCGUGUUGUCAUUGUGACGUCAUCUCAAGCACCACUGUUCUAUCUUGUUGUCAUUGUGACGUCAUCUCAAGCACCACUGUUCUAUCUUGUUGUCAUUGUGACGUCAUCUCAAGCACCACUGUUCUAUCGUGUUGUCAUUGUGACGUCAUCUCAAGAACCACUGUUCCAUCGUGUUGUCAUAUUGACGUCAUCUUAAGCACCACUGUUCCAUCGUGUUUUCAUUGUGACGUCACUGGCAUGUCCUCUUUUGCGCGCACAUGGUUCUUGUGCUGGUUUAAAAUGCAAGUUCCCAGAUGAACCCUCGACUCGGGCUUCUGGUUCUCUGUGUGCUGGCAGUCCUUCAUCUGAGUGAAGGCUCAUUAUACUGCCCAGCGCUCAGCAUGAUUCUCGGCGUCUACAACCGACACAAGUUCACGGACGCGCAAAUGACGUCAUCAAGUGACUUAUCGGCCCAGACCUCAGCCCGUAACGGCCGUUUACUUGGGCCCUCUGCCUGGUGUCCAGCAGGAAAUGACUUAGAGGAAUCGUGGCUGCAGGUGUCGCUCGAAGUCAGUCAUUUUAUCUGCGGCACAGCCAUGCAAGGCGACGGUGACAAAGGACAGUACGUCCGAUACUACUGGGUUAAAACUUCAAUGGAUGGGAAAAAGUGGUUAAAGGAAUCGUUCAUGUUUAGGGGCCCGAAACAGUCGAAGCUUUUCGUCCGUGAUCUCACGGCAAAGCCGAGACUUGCCAAGUUUGUGCGAUUCUAUCCUCAUAAAUAUGAGGGCUAUCCGUGCAUGAGAGUCGACGUGUACGGAAAAAAAGUUUGGGAUUUUCAAGAACUCUUUAUCCUCUACAUGCCCCCAGACAAAACGUACGCUCAAUUGAAGGUCCUGAGCGGGUAUGAGUCCUCCGAAAACAAGGACCUGCUGAAUGGUAAAGUAGAGAGGAUCGAGACAAAGGUGGACACGGUCCUACCAAGCCAGACCACAGAGUACUCUCACUUCCUGAGAGACAACAAAGAGACCUACAUCGACCUUCCGCCAACUGCAGACAGCUUGCACGUAGAUAGCGAAGUACUGCUUAAACUUCCAAACCAUCACUACAUAGGAGGUAAAGUGUCUGGGGUACUCAAGGGUGAUCUUUAUGAAGUGGUGAGAUCCGAUAAUGGUAAGACCGAGGUGAUGCCGAGAGAUUACCUAAGAAUAAAAGGGGGAGAGCCGUGCAAAUUGGACAACAAAUGCCCAUCGGACACGCAUUGCCAUCCGGACAAAGUCCACCGGACUGGUCUGUACUACUGCACGUGUAAGAGAGGUUACGAAGAAGGAAUCAAAGGCUGGCACGCCGAGCUUAUGUUGGGCGAGUGUAAAGAUAUUGACGAGUGCAGUAGAGGGGCCUUGUGCCCUGCAAACGCGCGAUGCAUCAACACUCCAGGUUCUUAUCAUUGUGCCUGUGUAAAUGGAUAUACCGGGCAAGGGACGUGCAUGGACGUGGACGAGUGCGCUGCAGAUGACGGUUUAUGUCACAAGGGGACGACUUGUGUGAAUACGAUGGGCUCGUACAGAUGCCAAGAUAUUAAUGAGUGCUUGACCGACCCAUGCUUUGAAGGAGAAAUAUGUGUUAACUCGUAUGGUUCCUUCAACUGCGAGCUGCCUCCGACCACUAAACGCUGGGUAUCAGUUGCAGACUGGCACAAGACCACUACCGCCAGUCCUAGUGUAGCAAGUCCCACUGGCCUGAACCAGGGUAGCUCAUCAGCGACAUCUUACAGUCACUCUCUUUCUUCCAUCACUUUCAAAGUAGUGCUGCUUUGGACUGUUUUAAACUGUGCACUGAGUGGGUGAUUUUAGUUCAUUAUUGAUUAAAACCAGCAUGUGCAUCA